ACAAAAUCGAAAACGAGGCAUGUAGUAAAAUUUGAAAAUAACAAUCGUAUUGAAAAAUGUCAAGAUUUUCUGUUAAAAUUGUUCAAAUAUGAAGUUCAAGAACGAACAAAGCUGAUACAAAUCUGAAGUAAUCUGCUGAUGUCAUUGGUCUUAGGCAGAAUGGAUCUCAAUAAGAAAGUUUCUCUUCUGAAAUGGUUUGAUGCCCUUAGUGUAAAGUCAAUAAAGAACUUUGAAGACCUCAGAGAUGUACAAGUCAUUACAGACAUUAUGUGCACUUGUGACCUAUUACCUGAAGAGGUUGACCUGUCUAGUUUUGAGAAGAGGUUAGCUGUUGUCAAGACAUACCUAGAAGGUUGCUAUCACCAAACAUUUGAAGAUAAGAUGAUGAUCGAUUUCUCAAUACUGGCAGGCAAAGUUAGAGGGGAUGUAUUUGAACUAGAAAUGGGAAAGCUUCUGCUAGCCCUGUUGGGAUGUGGUGUUCAGGACAAAUCACGGGAUAGAUUCAUUCAACCAGCCUUAGAUUUGGAUUCUGAAAGCCAGAUCAACCUUACAGAAAUGCUGCAGUCCCUCUUGCUUGGUGAUGCCAUGGACAUGAAACUGCCAGAUGACUUCCCUGAUGUCUUAAAGAGAAAAAGUGAGUCAAGUUCUCAUCGUGAUGCCGCUCUUUUCUUCAAACUAGUUGCAGAUGGUGCCAGAGAUUCUCCACAGCGCUCCCAGGGCACACCAAAUCCUUCCAACUCUUUUCCUGCUAAUG